ACGGGCUGAGCCGAGGUCAAUCCGGCCAUGCUCCCACCUUACUCUCCAUAGGGCCAGUCGAGGCCCAGCAUGGCCCUGACCUAACCACCCUCGCCCGGCUGAACUGGGCGGGCCCCUUCACCCUCCUUCCUCCUCUCUGACAUUGGGACUCUCUCUCUCUCUAACGCAUAGGCUCUCUCUCGAAGAGACUAUUUCUCUCUCCUCUCUGUCGUAGACGCUCUCGGCGUAGGAUUGUGACUCUCCUCUCUGUCGUAGACGCUCUCGGUGUAGGAUUGUGACUCUCUCUCUCUAAUCCAUGCGCGCCAAUCUUACACAAGUACCAAAGUUACGUGCUUCUCUCUUUGAACAACAUUUCUCAAUCCCAAUCUCCACCCCUUUGCCUUGCCCAUAUUUCUCCCUCCUCUUGCUCGCAGAUUCUCAAUGACAUGAUACUUGCACUGAUAAAGAAAUACUAGACUUGAAGAUCAUGAAUGACUGGAACAACAUUCUAACCUGGAAGUAGUAACACAAAAGAAUCAUCAAUUGGUUUAGAUCGCGAGAUGACAGAAUGUUGCCCCUCAUCUGAUGCCAUUGCUUGUGAGGUCGAGAUUGAUAAGAUGGCUAUGGACUUUGUGGAAAAUGCGUAUAUUGAAUGUGAAGGACCUUCAAAUAUUGAACCCUAUGUUGGUAUGGAGUUUGAAUCUGAGGAAACUGCAAAGAUUUUCUACAAUACAUAUGCGAGGAGUGUGGGUUUUAGCAUUCGUCUUAGCGUGAAUCGUCGUUCAAAGCGUGAUGGAAGAAUUAUUGGCAGACACUUUGUGUGUUCGAAAGAGGGUUUUCGUGAAAAGAAAUACUCAAGUGGUCAGAGGUCUCGACCAAUUACAAGGGAAGGGUGCAAGGCCAUGAUUAAGGUAAAGAUGGUAGAUUCUGGUAAAUGGGUUAUUACAAAAUUUAUCAAGGAGCAUAAUCAUGCUUUGGUAACGUCGAGAGAAGUGUCGCUUCUUCGAUCACAUCGGCGUAUGAGAAACUUUGCGAAUGCUUCAAGUGAUGCGAGAACUAACCCAUCGUGUGUGAUGCCUCUAUCAAGACCACAAAUUGGGCAAUCAAGCAACAUUGACUUCACUUUGCAGGGAUGCAUAGAUGAUAUCCAAAGUAUUCGGAGGAGGAUAUUUGGAGAAGACACUCAGCAUAUAGAUUAUAUACUAGACUAUUUUGCCCGUAUGCAAGUAAGAGAUCCUUCAUUUUUCUAUGCGAUACAACCCGAUGAAGAAGGUUGUGUGACAAAUUUAUUUUGGGCUGAUGGGAGGUCAAGAAUGGAUUUUCAAUACUUCAGUGAUGUGGUCACAUUUGAGACAACAUAUAAAAGAAAUCAUAAUGGGUUUCCACUAGUUUCAUUUGUUGGGGUAAACCAUCAUAGGCAACCUGUCCUGUUUGGUUGUGCUCUAUUGCUAGAUGACUCAAAAAGUUCGUUUCUUUGGUUGUUUAACACGUGGUUUGAAGCCAUGUUCAGGCGCUAUCCUGUCUCUCUUCUAACUGACCAAAAUGCAACCAUAGAAGCAGCAAUUGCGAUGAUAUUCCCCAAAACGAAUCAUCGCUUUUGUAAGAGGCACAUCUUAAACCAAUUGUCAGAAAAGCUGGGUCAUGUAGAGCUUAAAAACCACAAUUUCAGGGAAGAUUUUUGUAAAUGCAUUAGCCUGACUGAGAUGAAUGAUGAGUUUGAAUCAUGUUGGUGGUCUUUUAUUGAUAAAUAUGAACUCAGAGACAAUGAAUGGCUUCAGUCGUUAUAUAAAUGUCGGGAACAGUGGGUCCAAGUUUAUUUGCAUGAUAUAUUCUCUUCAAACAUGGGUUCUGCCCAACGAUGUGAAAGUAUGACUUCAUUUUUGGAAGAAUAUGUAGAUGUCCCUGCUAACUUGCAAGUUCUUAUCAAUCAAUACGAGAGAGCCCAAGACAGUUGGCAUAAAAUGGAAGUUGAAGAGGAUCUCAAAACUACAAGUUAUACAAAACCAGGCGUUAAGAUGGGAUUACCUUUGGAGAACCAGGCGAUGGGAAACUAUACAAGAACCAUGUUCAUGAAAUUUCAUGAAGAAUUUUUGAGUAGUCAUCGUUUUAUGUCUGAAAAAACCAAGGAAGAGGGGUCAACUAGCAUGUUUAGGGUUGUAGAAUUUGGGUCAGAUAAGAGGGCGCGUACUGUUAAGUUCAAUGCUUCGAAUGUGACAGUAAUUUGUAGCUGCCAAAUGUUUGAGUUCUCAGGCAUUCUUUGUAGACAUGCUCUAAGGGUUUUGAGCAUUAAAAAUGUUAUGUUGCUUCCAGCUCAUUACAUCUUAAAGAGGUGGACUAGAAAUGCCAGGAGUGGGAUUGCAUUCGAUGAACAGGGUAUUGAAAUGUACGGUGAUGCUAAAGGAUCUCGGGCUUGGAGAUACAUCUAUCUAUGUCAACUGGCCAAUAAAAUUGCUAGAGAAAGUGCAAAAACUGUAGAGACUUACAAUUUGGCAAUGUGUGUCCUACAAAAGGCAUUUGAAGAGCUUCAUGUUGCUAGGAAAAAUGUUCAGACAAUUGCAGUGGUUGGUUCUUCAACUAGUAAUAGUGUUCAAGGAGACAAUAUUUGCAAAGAUUCAUCGAAGGAGUAUGAAAUACCACUUAAAAUCUGAAAUGCUGAUGGAAUAACAAUCUGCAAUUUCUUGCUCGCAUUAAGAAAAUCCAGGAAUUGGAGGUUCUCAAUUUUCACGUUCAAGCUAUGAUACAGAUUCAUGGAUUGUUUACUCUAAACAGUUUAGCUUUGGUAAAAGGUCGCAAUGAGCUGGAGCCAGUGGAAUUGAAAACAGCCAGUUAGGGGUGCCAUUUUUUGACACAAAGUUUGAUAAAAAUUUCUUGGACGUUGAGCAUGGUGAACGGCUCACCCCUAGCUUCCUAAUUUCACAUCUAACAGGUACAUGUGAUUGUGAUCUUCUCGUAGAAAAGAUAAGCGGUCUUAUUGUAUACUUGCCGUUUCUAUAUUUCAUCAGCCGACUUGAAUGGUCCCUUUUUGUGAAGGAUUUGGUAAUUUCAAUGGCACAGUUCUGCCAUUUUCUCCUUUUCAUAUGGUAGCAUUAAAGCCUCUAAACAAACAUGGCAAAGACUGAUGUUCUUCAAGAGAAAGCAUACCAUGCAACAGUGUAUGAAAUAUGGUACACACCAAAGUGACAUCCAGUACACGAUCUCUUAAUUUGACAGUUGAGAUGCAUGGACCACGGUUCCUGAUGAUGGAGAUUUCUCGAGUCACAGUUCAUCUCCACCAUCCAUUUAUCAAUGGGUUGAAUGGGUAUAUGAUACACCAUUGGGUAUAGCAUAAGCUAACAUCACACUUCGGAUAUGGUUUGAGAAUGCAGUAUCACGCCUUGCAUGAUACUGUAUUAUCGGUCAAUUUUGAUUGAGUUGCCCAUGAUACUGUAUUAGCGGUCCAUUUUUGAGUUUGGCGACCGCUAGACGAAAUUGCUUUAUGGUCUAAUCGGUGUUUUUAUUAUAUUACUAUAAACUAUUGUAUGAAAGCAUUCCUCUUUACAUUACUUUCAAAAAGAGGCCCUGAUCUCUUCUUCUGUGUUGUAUGGAUACAACAAUGCUCUGCUGUUGGAAACUAAAUUUACAUUUUCU